AUGGCCCUUUGGCGCGAGGAAUACUUGUCCGCCCUAGCGGUUCGUGAUCAGGCUGAAAAGGCGAAUGUCGCAAUAUACGAUGCUUACACCCGUCUAGCGGAUCGUACAGGAGGCCGCCCAACGACCGCACCACCCGUGUCUUCGUCUUCCAGAGAGGCAUCACGGAAAGGUCCUCCGGGAGACCCGGCUUCUUCAUUGCCCGAAAUCCUUGCGGCCACUCGGGCGGAUCUCGCCGAAGCGCAGCGAUCUCGCUCGCAGCUCCAGGACCGAUUGACUCGUCUGAGCACCGAGGCCGAGAAGCUUCGCAAACGGAAUGCGCAAGACUCCCGACGCUUGCACGCUCUAGAAGGUGAACGGACACAUCUCCAACUGCGCCUGAAGGAUCGAGACGAAGAGUUGAAAGGCAAAGCCAAAUUACUCGAGGACUUUCAGGAUGAAAUGGCAACGCUCAAUCUUCAACUGAACAUGGCGGAAGAUAAGGUCGAUAAGCUAAAGAAAGAGAAUCAAGACCUUAUUGAUCGCUGGAUGGCUCGCAUGGGAAAGGAAGCGGAUGCUAUGAAUGAUGCGUCCAAGUUUGCCUAA